CGUUUUACCGAAACAAUUUUAAACACCAUUGUCGUUUCGGCCUAGAAUAUAGAAUUCCUGUAUCCUAAAGUGCUCAUGUGACAAACUUAUUUAAAUGUGGAUAACGAUAAUUGCUAUCUAUGAAGAACAAGGAUCCCCAUUUUUACCCCAUAAUGGAGGAGAUGGUACUAGUGCUAGUUCGAUGGGAACGGAAAGUCCAGACAUAUUCAGAUGUAAAGAAAAUCCCCAUCAUAAAUUGAAGGAGUUUUACAGUGAAAAUGAUGUAGUAAUCACAGCAUGUGAUAUUUCUUCUGGUUUGACUCCUCUUUAUGUGCGUAGAGAAAGUGAACCGGCUCUCAACCGUCUUUUGUCUGAUGUAUCAAAUGUUGAUUCAACAAAAAGAUGGUCUGCAGCAGUCACUAUGGGCACUGAAGCAUGUGGGAUCUUGAAACCUCUAAAAAUGCAAGAUGGUAGAAAAGAACCACUUAGUGAAUUGGGAACAUCAACUGAUCAGUCGAGAGAUAGAUGCAUUGACUCAUUGCAUGGAAGUGAGGACAGACAAGAUUCUAUAAUCCUAAAAAGUGAAUCAGGGCCUCUAGGUAUCCAUGUUAUCUCAGACUAUGACCUGCAUGGAAGAGGUAUGGGAAUCGUGGUUCAGGGAAUUGAACCUGGUGGCAGGAUUGAUCAAGAUGGCAGACUCUGUGUAGGAGAUCGUAUCGUUGCAAUCAAUGGAAAAAGUUUGCUCCACAUUAGUUUUCAGAAAGCUCAAGAGUUAUUCAAAGAUGCAUUAAAAGAGCCAGAAAUAAGAAUUCAACUAUCCAAGAGUUCUGUUCAAAGAAAUAUAGAGACUCCUCUUCUUCCUUUCUACCCAAAUUCCGUGGUCUGUAGGGAGUUUUCAAGAAAUGAAGAUGAAACAACAGAUUUGGUGGAGAGACAGAAACAAGAAAGUUUAAAGACAAAAGUUUCUUCAGUAAAAACAACAGAAAAGAUACCUCCCUCUGUACGAUUAAACCAAAAGAUCACUCCUCUCACCUCAAACACAAGAAAGAUUGGACGAAAGAUUCCAAUACAGCUGAUGAAAGGACCAUUUAGUUUUGGAUUCAGCAUAACCACAAGGGAUAAUCCUGCAGGUGGAAACUGCCCCAUUUAUGUAAAAAAUAUUUUACCUAAAGGAGCUGCAGUACAGGAUGGCAGAUUAAAGCCAGGUGACAGAAUUUUAGAGAGACAAAAGAAUGAUGGCAUGCACAAUUUUGAGAUCAACAAGGAAAUAGAGAGAUCGGGAAACAGAUUAGGCUUUUCUCAUCCAAGCAAGUAUAGUCAUUAUGUAAACUACAAAGAAAUUCAGCAGCAUCUACAGGAGUUCAGACAAAAUAAGCUACAGAAUCAUCCACAUCAGAAACAGAGGGGCAAGUCUUCUAUAGAACAGAAAGUCAGACCAGUAUCAAACUACUUUGGUUAUGGCAGCAAACAAGUACUCCAUCAGCAGUCUAGUAAUCAACAAAGUAAUGAAUCAGACACUAAAUCUUUACCUCAUCAUUCCAAA